AUGGCCAAAGGGAGGCGUUUCAACCCAUCUUUGAACAAGGAUGGAAGAUGGUUCACUCAUAUUGGUCUGAUGGAGAAGACACCAGAAUCCAUCACACGUACUUCCCUGAAGGAAAUUCACUGUUCAUACUUGUCUGAACAGGCGGAGAGGAUGCUGCCACCAAUUUACAAAAUCCGAGAGAAGCAAGCAGCAAACAAAAACUUCCCUUUCUCUGCACAUGACAACCGCCACAGUUUCCAGAACUCUGGAUACUAUUUUGACUCUGGCUUGGGGCGCAAGAAGUUCUCCCCAGAUCAAAAGCAACACAUUUCUAGAAAUUUCAAUCUCUGGGCCUGUGACUACAUCCCAUCCAAUUUGGAUGGUCUUUCAAAUAACCAAACAUCUUAUGUACCUAAGAAAGCUGUGGUGAUCUCAACUUUCCGACGCUUUCCAAGAUGUUACGACGAGAAAUGGAGUGACUUCAAGGUUGCUUACAACCAAAACUGUGCAAAGUUUUUAGGAAACCAGCCAAAUGAAGAAUUAGCUGUGGACCCAAAGGCUGUCUCUCUCCAGGCUUGUCCAGGGUCCCUAAACCUUCCAGAGGCUCUAGAUGAGGUUUGCGAUGUCAUUCCAUCAGGUGGUCAUAAAGACUCUGACUCAACACCACCCCAUAACUGCUGA